CAUCGCGUGACUCAACCAGCGGUAUUCAUCGUAAUGCAAUGCGCGAAAUCUUCCAACAUGGCGGCCAAAGAGAAGCUUUGUCAUCAAUUUCUCAUGCUGUUUUCGCGCCGGAGCAUUCAAUCAGACAAGUUUCUGAGAACGAGAGAAUUUAGCAUAACUUUCCUGAUAUAGAUGUAUCCCCGAAACUGAAAUCUGUUUAAGAAAUGGGAGUAAAAGGCCUUUGGCAGCUUUUACAGAGUGUUGGGCGACCCGUUACUCUGGAAUCUCUCGAGAACAAAAUUCUUGGAGUGGGUAUCCUUUAAUGCAGAUAUAUUUUUUGAUGACUUAAGUUACAUUUUCCCUGUAUGUAUUAACUGAAACAGCUUUUAGGCGAGGGAAAACCCCCAAUCGUUCCAAACACCACGGAGGGAAAAUCCCAUUUAGUAUGUAAGCUUAUAACAAAUUAUCAGAUCGAGUCACAGAUUCUCAGAUUGGCAAAAUAAAGAAACUGGUAGUCGUAGGUCUGCCCAGAUUUAUUAAAUUUAACAAUACUGGCUUAAUUUUGUUAUUUACUCAGAGGUUUUAAGUGUAAUGCAAUGGUAUUAAAACCCAGCAAAUUUGAUGUUACAAUGGUGUUGUACUGGCACAGACCUAACCGCACAACUGAAAAAAUAACAAUCGAGUAAUUAUGUCUUUUUUGAAGUAAUGAGUUCUUUUGUGUUAGCCUACCUCACAAGUAACCCCUUCAAGUAACAGACUAAAGCAGAGGACUGUUUAGUUUGGUCUGUGGCAAUGGUUAUUUUGUGCUGGUACAUUAAAAAAAAACCAGCAUUGUCACUAAGAUUUCAAGUUGCCUGGUAAAUAUAACAAGCAGGCAAGGAAUCAAACAGCUAGGGAUUUCUUUUGGUUCUAUUUUUCUUCUACUUUUCAAUGAAAGUAGCCAGGGGCCACACUCAUAGUAGCUGGAGGAAAUCCCCGGCCCCAGGCUCUUAAGGAAAGCCCUGAAAACCAAUAUUAUUCUUUUUAAACGUAAGGGGAUGAAACACGGGACUAGCCAGUGUUUCUAAGCUUUCCGCAAAUAGCCACUCCCCCCCCUCAAGAAAAGGAAAAGACAAUAUAAUAAUAAUAAUAAUACAAUAAUUAAGACUAAGAAAGAUAGAUAAAAUAAACAAAAUAAAGAAUAAAAAAAGGCCUUUUUUUGAGAAUGUUAUAUGAUCAUCACAUGGUAUGCUGUAAGCUUUGAGUGUCACAAUUCUUAACAUGUGAUAGAUGCCAGUUUGAUAUUGAAUCAGUCUGUAAAGGGAUUGCGUGACAAGCAUGGAAAUCCAGUGUACAAUGCACAUCUGGUUGGCUUAUUUCAUAGAGUCUGCAAGCUUUUAUAUUACAGGAUUAAACCAGUCUUUGUGUUCGAUGGUGGAGUGCCACAUCUCAAGAAAAAGACGCUGGUAAAUAUCAAUAAUGCAGUGCUAAUCACCUCUUUGUUGCUUGAUCAAAGUGUCAAAAAAAGAAGGGGUUAACCACAGUGCUGUGUCAGUAAAGGAUUGAGACUCAAAUUUUUUGGUGUGAUUUUAUAAAGUAACCUAGCCACAACAAAUGAUUCAAAAGCAGUUGUUAGAAGCUCCUUCAUCAGAGCAAAUCAAAAAUUAUUUUGCAUUGGGUAUGGUUUAUAUAGUUGCUAUGCUGUUGAUGGUGACAUUACCAAGAGAAGGAGUAGUUGAAUAAAAUCAAGAGGUAAAUGUUGUAUUCUAAUUUUUACAAAAUCGUGAGCAGCUAUUUUCAAUGAGUCUUUCUAACUCAUCAGGACUGCAAUAUUUAUAGAUAUCCCUUUCCAGUAUAAUAUAACCUGAAUUUAAGGCAAAUUUUUUUUGACAAUGAUAUUUUGCUUCCCAGGCAGCAAGAAAGGAAAGGCAUUUGAAAGCUGUACAUGGGUCUAACAAAGCUGCAGAAAGAAUUGUCAAGAACUAUCUCAAAGCCAAAGCUCUGGAAACUGUCACCGGACGUAAAAGGUAUUCUAACCCUCUCUCGACCAGCUUAGACUUCUGCAGUGUUGUCUCAUUUUUUCAUGGGGAUAAUCUGCAACUCUUCCACAGUAUCUGCUUUGCCAUGCCACCUACCAUUAAACUUGCCUUGCAUACUUCCUUCAAAUAAUUUAUUGUCUGCUCAUUGUGAGUUCAUGUUUCUUGCUAAAUUUUCUGCACUUGAUAGUUGUCACAAUGGGAAGGUUAUUUUAUAAUAAUAUAUCAUAAUUUAUCAUUUGCUUUUAUUUUAGUAAAACUACCAUAAGAAGUAGGAGUCCAAGAGAGCCGGAUGUGUUUGAACUACCAGCAAUACCCUCAACAACAACAGCUAGUGUACAGAAUAAAAGGUUUGGAAUUUUAAUUGGUACCUUUGAGAUCUCCUUGCUUUACUGUAUGGUCAAACAUGAGGCAGCUAACCUACAUGACAAAAAUAUAUGUUUAAUGACAUUUGUAAAUACUUGCCGACCAGGGAACUAGUUACGGUGAGUACAUACUAGGCCCUGACUUUUCUGUCUUGCUGUCACUGGGCUAUCUGAGGGUACUUUCAUCAUUUUCUGCACCUUUCUCUCAAUUUGUUUUUCCAGAAAUUUGCCAUACUCCCCCAUGGAUUGUUUGUUGGUUUAAACUGCCACCUGACUUCAGCCUCUGGAAAUUACAGUUUGUCUUCAUAAUUUCCUUUAAAGUUUUUGGUCUUUAAGACCCCCUCCCCCUCAAAAAUGUUGUUGACCCUCCACUGGGUGGGUAAAGAUGCUUUCUGGAAGCACUCAAUUAGUAGAGUUCUUUGCAGCAUCCAGCAAAGUAAACGAAACAGAGAUUUCAUCACAAUUUGUUAGCCAAAAUCAUACAUGUUCCACUAUCCUGACAGCUAUAGUAUUUUUUAGGAUUCUUACACUCUACAUGUCUGUAAAUAUAUUACUGUUAGCACAGCUUGUUUUCUCAUGUGGUGGUUUUAUUAAACACAGCUCUUCAGAAGAUGAGGAUUUGGAACUUCCGUUACUGGAUCAAUUCCGUAACCAACAGUUAGAGGUGAGAGUGAUAGAGAAAAAGCACCAAACUAUUGACUCAUUAUUCCUUUGUAGUAAAUACUAUUACUUCCCUGGGAUGUGUGAUAUUGUUGCGGCUGUGCUGUUAAAAUGUGUCAGGCAUAAUUUUUACAAAAAAAUCUAAUAUUUCGUAGCCAUCCAAGAGCAAAAAUGUAUUGUCUGGGAACAACUGGUCUGCUAGAGUACACCCCUUCUGUUCUACAAUAAUAAUAUUAAACUUUCGUUCAAACUCAAGAUCAUUUUGUGAAAGUAGUAUUUGUUUCUCAGAAUAUCACAGCCAAACUCCCUUUAAGUUGUGAUUGGGCUACAGUUUGAAAUAUGAACACUGUUUUUUCUGUUUUUUUGUUUUUGUUUUUUUUUUUAACAGGAAACUUAUCAGGAUCCAACCUCUAUAAAUGUUGAGUCGGAGGACUUUCAGUCACUGCCUGCAGAAAUUCAACACGAGUUGAUUCAAGAGAUGAAAGAAGAGAGAAAAUUCAUGAAAAAAACUGACAUGCCAGGGGUAUAGAGAUUAUAUUUAAUAUUAUGAUUUAAAAUCAUUGUUGUGUUCCCGGAAUUUCAUCCUUAACAACACAUACUUUCAUUAGCCCCUUCAUUGUCACAUAGCAUUUAAACGCUGUAACUGAUACUGUUUUCUAUCAAAAGUCUUUGAGUACUGCUAGUAGGAAACAUUGCAAAAUCUAAGUCAUCAGUUAUCAGGGCUGUCACUACAUUGUAACUUUAAGUUCCCAGUGAAUACAACAGGUAGGCAAGGUGUCAAACAGCUAGGAAUUUCUUUCAUGGUUCUGUUUUUCUUUGCUGUUCCUAUGAAAGUAGUUGAAGGUCAAAUUCAUAGUAACUGGGAGAAUUCCAAACCACCAGCCCUUGAUGCUAGCCCUAAGUUAUCCAUGAAUAUUGACCCAUAGUUUAGUUUCCUAUUGGAUCCUGGGGUGCAGCCUUUAAGUGUUAAAUGUUCUCUGUUUCAUAGUACCUUUUUUAAAGGUGUGUUUUUGGUAAGAAAUAGCUGUUUUUCAGGUUGCGUAUUAUGGGCACUGCUGUACCUAUUCGUCCUAUACAAUAAAUUCAUUGUUAUUGUAUCAUAUCAAUCUGUUUUAUGAGUGAGAGUUUAGAGCACAAAUAAGUUAUUUUUGGUACACAGUUUAGAAAAUAACCUUUUUUUACAGGUGUGGUUUUGGUAAGAAAUAAAUCAACAACAAAUCAUAUUGCUCUUAUUUUAGAGUGUUUUCACAUGACGUCAUAGGGACCAUAUUGGUGUCCCAAAACAAUGAAAGGUUGGCCAUGUUGGUGUCCUGUGAGAGUUGAACUCUUUUCUUAUGCAAACGCUUUCUUCUGUUCUAAUAAAUUUGCAUAGAUCCUGGCCACGUGAGUGAAAACACUCUAUUAAGCAAAAACUACAACCUUUAUUUCAAAAAGGAUGAUGUUUCAACAACAUACUGCAAUUGGCAGGAGUUAUAUUAAAUUAUUCAGGCCUGUGCUCUUAUAAAAAUUGACGGGAGCUAAGUGCUCUGCAGGGUGCUCGACUAUGAUUUUUAUGAGAAAACCAAUAUUUUGUAGUUGCCCGGUAAAAAAAGUUAAGCGGCAGAGGCAACCAGGUACUGCCAGAACACAGCCUUUUUUCUUCAAAUACAAUUUUAAAAAUGCACGUUUUUUUUUCAGCAAGCAGGCAACUUUUCCUCCUUUCAGUUGGAGGGUGUGCUAAAACGAGGUAAACUAAAUCAGCGACUGGAUGAACUUCGUAAAGAAAUGAAUAACAGAAACUCAGGAGAACUGGCUGGAGUCGCUCCUCAGGAUUCAGUCGACAAAAACGCUGCAGUUAAAUCACAAAAGAUUUUGUCAGAAGACUCGGCUCAUUACAUUUUGAUCAAGAAUAAUGAACGGGAACCAGAAAAAGACAACCAGGAAGCUGGUAAGAGAAGAUCUUGUAUGCAGUUGAUUUUAAGGAUUUCAUAUUUUUUAACCUUUGAGGUUGAUUACUUUUCCAGCUUUUUCUCAGACACAUUCUGAAUUUUGUUUCUUCUCUUCUUAACUAUGGUUGUGGAGUAUUUAAAAGACAAAAUCUUAGAAGCUGAGGCUUGAAUAGAUUGUCAACUUCUUCCCACUAUUAAUUUCCAGCUGUAUUGUUAUGAAGUUUACAUUAUAUGUAUAACUGAAAAAGCUUGUGAUCAUUGUAUGGAGAUGACCGCAUCUUAGAGUGACGUCUGUGUACCAAAAUCUAUCUCCUUUUUGAAGCACAUUUUAAUAUUUUUUUUCACUUCUAGCAGAGUCUACUUUCGAUUUAUUAUUGUUGACAGAAAUAAACUAGACUCUUGCUCUGAGAUGCAACACUGUUUGAUAUAAAUGCUGUUCACUACCUACUGCCUCUUACCAAUGAUGAAAGGAAAAUUGACCCUGCAACUUCAAAAACUUUAUAAUUAUGUUAAAUUAUGACACACACAGAAUAUAAGGAACUAUUGAAAUUUUUCUCAGGAUCCACAUCAAAAGAUUUCUCUGGCGAGGGAGGAUUUUUCCGUGAAAAUAAGGAAGUUGAAGCAGUUAGCUGGGCAAAUCCACGACCCAAACAGUCCGUGCCACCAAAUGUUCCCAGUUUUGAUAUUCCAGAGUUCUUUUCAAGUGACUCGGAAAUUCUGUCCCCUCUUGUGGAUGUCGCAGAAGCUGGUGUUUCCCCCACGAGUCUUCGAGCGAAGGAAAAUACUUUUAGUUUUUCUUCAGUUGAAGAUCAAAAGCAGCUUGGGAGAACGUCGAUAAAUGCGGUUGAUAAAGUGAGUGAUACAGUUGUGAAUCAAGAACAGUUUGUCCCGGACAGAGAGCGUACAGCAGCAGAUGUGAUAGAAAGGGGUAUUACAAAGAAAAUUAUUAAAAUGCCUGAUCAAGUUACGGAAGGGAUCUCAACAUCAGGUGAUAACGACGAAACCCUUCUUACGCAGAUAAUAGGGAAGAAAAAAGAACUUGAUGAUCUUAUACAAAAGUGGGAAAACUCUAAAAAGCAGAAAACCAUCAUUGAUUUAACUGACAGUACACAGGACGGGCAUAAAAUUGCAGAGGAAAGAGACAUCCUGUGUUCCAGCUCAGAUACGAUGGACGCCAACAAACCCUUAGAAACAGACCAAGUUUGUAGUAAUAAUGAUUCGGAAGAAACAAAAAACGAUAGGUCUUCUUCAGUUAUUGGAGAUCAGCCACUCGUGCAAGACAAACCUGUUACAUCGGAGACAGUUUGUGUUGGUGAAAGUGAUUCUGAGGUUGAGGAAGUUACGGAUUUAACCAAAGAUAAAGAUGAAAAAGUUCAGAGUAAAAGGAGUGAGAAUAUUACACUGGUGAAUUUAAUAGACGUUAAUGCUGAAUUGCAAGUUGAAGAACAGGAGGAGGAGGGCGAUGAAGGUGAGAAAUAAUUAUCUUGUCUUUGUUUACAAUGAUGCUAUAACAAAGUGACUCUGUUCGCUUCAGUUUUCUCAAUCUCAAAGAUCUUAAUUCGCAGAAUAACAAACAUCUACUUUGGGGUUUUAUCCAGAGACUUAACCAGUUAAAACGGCAUAGCUAGAUUACGGAGAGAAGAGUGAUGCAAACUGAAAUGCAGUGCUUAUUUUUUCUUUCAGCAAACUCUAAAGCGACCGUUGUUAACGAGGAAGAUGUAAAGGAACCCGAUGAAGGGGAUACGGAAAUCGAGGCUACAUCAAGUGGCAUUGUAGUGGUAACUGCGUCCCCAGAAAGAAGCACAGCUGAUAUAGACGGAGACCAUUCUUCGCCGGACGCCGCUGAAGGGCCAGUUUUGGAGAGUGACGAAUUCUUGGACGAAAGUAAAGGUGGUAUGCCUGUGGAUGAACAAGAGGCGGGACCUUCUGGGCUCCCUGUGGAAUGGCAGGGGGCUUCAAUGGUAAGUUAAUUCUUCACUUUAGAAACGAGAAAGAAACUGGACCGAGUUAACUUUUGCAAGACUUCUGGAACUGUUGCUAGGGAGAGGUUAAAAUUGGCCAAUAGCUGACCUACGCGUCCCCAGUAACCAUCCCAGAAACAAUUGCGGGAUACAUGUCGGCUCCAGUUCCCUCUCGUUUCAAGCUUUUUUCAGUCUUUUUAGUGUCAAUCACCCAUGUUUCAUUCUCUUCAGGAAGGCUUGGAAGAGAUUCAGCAGAACAUUGAAGCUGAACAACAGACGUUGGCCACCGAGCAAGCUCGACAGAACCGAGUGGCAGCUUCAGUGUCGAAUGAGAUGUUCACGGAGUGUCAGGUACUUAAAAAGCAAGACGAAAAGCGAGAAAAUGUUUCUUUAAUGAUGUGUAAGACACACAAAAAAACACAAUUCCUUGAUUCGUUCUGACGCAGGUUGAGAGCUCGAAAUUUAUCCGAGUUUGUCAGACUUGAAGAAUCUUCCGUUUAUAAAAAAACUGUCAUGGAUUGUUAUUAACUGGCUUCAGCAUAAAAAAAGUAAAACCAAGUUUCUACUUCUCCCAGAUCUCUCUCAAGUAAUACAGCCAAUUUCUUGCACCAGUUUGUAUCUAGUAAUAUGACAAAGGUACAACUUUAGGCUCUGCAUAGGGCUUAAUAUUCAAUCUGUUCUCAGUACUGUUUCGUUUGAGUCCGUCAUUCAAUUGAUAUUUUCCCGUUUUCCCCUCCCUCCAAAUCAGGAGCUACUUCAGUUGUUUGGUGUCCCGUAUCUUGUAAGCCCGAUGGAGGCCGAAGCACAGUGUGCCAUGUUAGAUGCCUUGGGUUUGACUGAAGGUUCCAUCACAGACGACAGUGAUAUAUUCCUGUUUGGAGGGACGCGGGUUUAUAAGAAUAUCUUCAAUCAGAAGGAAUACGCUGAGCUGUACGAAAGCGACACGGUGCAGAAAAAUCUUGGUUAGUGUUCUUUAUCAUAGCCAUUGCAAGCGCGGUAAAGAGUUAAUACGUUGCAAUCUUGCCGCAAAGUUGGCCGGUGCGCGAAGGGAAAUGCUCGCCCGGUCCACUAAGCACGAGAAAGCACUUGCUAAAUUUGCGAUAAGUAAAGUGCGCGAAACGUGUCAGCAGCCAGCCCUUCCUAAGCCCGUGAAAAUUUUUUACUUGUGCGCAAACAUUCAGCAGUGUAACACGUGACCAGGGGCGAAUCAACACGCAACCGCUAUCCCCAAACCGAAGUGAGCGCUAACUUUCUAUUCAGACCCUCACCAAGACGGAAAAUGAACCGUGCAUGCUAAAGUCAAUAAAGUAGACAAAGUACACUCUGAAACAAAAAUCCAACACCAGGACACUCUUUGUAUUUGUUUAAAAUCAACUCCUUGUAAACGAUUUAACAGCUUGUAUGUUCUACCGUCUUUUUCUUGCAGCAAUGAACCGUUUAAAACUGAUCUGCCUUGCUUUCAUAACUGGAAGUGACUACACUGAAGGAAUACAAGGUAUACUGCAACGUACACAAUUCGUUUAGGACGUAUUCUUGUCUUUGCCCAAGAAGACCCUCCAACGACUAACACUCCUCCUUUUUCUCUUAAAGUCUGCCAAGACGUUUAUCCGCACGAGCGCUUUGCAAAAGCUAAUUACAUAAGAGAGAGGCCCCAGGAAAGACGGCACAGUUACCCUUAAAUAACACCAUUCGUCCUUGUUUUGAUUGUAGGUGUGGGGCCAGUUGGAGCAAUGGAGAUUUUGCACGAGUUCUCUGGUGAAGGCCUUGAAGCACUGAGAAAAUUCAAGUCGGUUACGACCUUCCGAGAGUCAUCCUUUCUUGUUUAAUCGAGCAAAAGCUUUGUCCAUUAUGACUACAUUUUUCUUUGACCUGUCGUGUUUUGUAGCGCUUACUUUUAAAUAAAUAUUUUCCUUAAUCUUGUUUGCAGAAUGUGGCAUGACGAAGCGCAAAAUCAAACAAAGGCUCCUCAAGAAACCAAAGUCAAAAGAAAAAUGGUGAGAGAAGAAGAAUACUCCUAAUCGCGAAAAAGUAAACAGUGAAAUGGUUAAAUGAGAGUCGCCUGUAAGCGCGUUAAAGCGCGGGAAAAGCACGUACCAUAUGCAUUCACGUGCCAACGAAUGGCGAUUGUUUUGGUUUACUUCUGAUUGGUUGAGGGAGUGACCCGAGAUUUUUUCAGCCAAUCGCAAGGCGAGCCAAGACAACUCAGACCCGCUAUAAUAUGUCUGUUUUUGUCUUAUAGAGGUCAGUUGCACUACCAAGCGGCUUUCCUUCCGAAGAAGUCUUUGAUGCUUAUCUCCAUCCUGUAGUUGACGAAUCAACGGAGACAUUUGAAUGGGGAAAACCUGAUCUGCACUCUCUUAGAUUAUAUCCUUUGAACAAUAUAAGUAAAAAGGAAUUAAUUAAAAUAUGUUUUAAUUAAUUUGUUUUAUUGGAAACCAAUUGUCUUAUAAUUUGUAGUUAAUUAGCUUUGAUGAGACCUUAACUUGCACAAGUUUGCUCUGGACAAGCUUGGCUGGUCUUCUACUAGGACGGAUGAGCUUCUUUUACCUGUGUUAAAACAACUAAACAAGGAUCAGGUAAAUUUGACUUAUGGACUCUUUUUAUCGACAUCAGUAUUUUUUUUUUGGAAGAUGGAAGAGCUGAGAUAACUUACCGUAGUUGAUGUUGUGCUCUUUGCAUACAACUUCUGUCAAAACCGGCGCAAUUUUUUAAAACAAACAAAGAUUUCCGCGUAUAUCGUGGUCAAUUCUUUUAGAGAAAUCAUAUUAUGCUAUCGCCUCUUAAUAUAUAUCCUCAAAAGAGAAUUAAUUGUUAUACAAUAAUGAGAGUAUUUGCCCUUACAGACCUUGUCCCGAGGGUUUGCCCCAAGGGAAGGUUACCGCAAGACGUCUAUGACCGGGGUUUUCCCGAGGGUAAGGGUACCGAAAGAAAGUAUUAAUCCCGGGGGUUCUCCCGGAGGAAUAGGAACAGCAAGGAUUGAACCUUGUAUUCUAAAAUAAUUCGUGAUCAAUAAACACGUUGUACCGAAGACUUGGAAUAAUGUUAUAACAUGAUCACGCAUAGAAACAAAGGAGGCUUGCCGACAGUCGGUACGAAGCUUUGUAACGAAUGUGCGAUUGCCUCCUACAUUUGUAACAACACACCUAAAGACCCUCAAAGCGCAAAAGGCAGCUAGUAUUCAUAGUCAAAAUUUCGUCUGUAGUACGGACCUACAAAGCCGGAAUAACGUACAUAGGAUUACAUACAAAGGAUUACAUAGGGAUGCAUCUCGCUUGUUCCCUCCAUAUCCCUCGUGAAAAUAACCGGAAAUGUUCAUAGCGAAAGACUGUUUUUUCUUUCUUUCUUCAGACUCAACUGACGAUCACUCAGUUUUUCCGCGUGAAUUUCCAAGAAGCAAGACAUAUAAAGAGCAAGCGAAUUCGUCGAGUGCUGAAUCGUACUUUCAAUCCUUCGUAUGAAAGCGAGAACGAAACUAACAGGAAACCAAAGAAAUCUGCGGAUAAAAAGCCAAAGAACAAAACGACGCAAUCAAAGGGGAGCGGUAAAAAGAGAUCGCAUUCAGCGGAAACCAAUUCAAAGGAAGAAGAAUCAAAUGAAAGUAAAGGAACAAGAACAAAGCGUGCGAAGAAAGAGAAUACUGGGGCGUGCUCUUCUACGGGAAACCGCUCUGAUAGAGGCUACAGAGGCCGAGGACGCGGGCGAGGGAGACUGCGCAAGAACGUUCAAACUAGUCCCAAUAUGGAGUUGUCGAUUGAGUUAACUCCUAUAAAACUUUCCAACCAUAAAAAAGGUUUUAAAACUCGCAAAGGAUGUGAUGUUUCUCAGAGUUCGACAUCGACCGUAAACAGGGGAGACGAAAUUCCCAGCACGCAGGAGAAUGGCAUAAUGAAGGAAAAUGAAGAUUCUGGGAGUUCUACUUUUAAGAUCGCUAAAGGGAGCAAAAGCGUUGGUGGACAAGACGCUUCUACUUCUGAUAGCACAGAAAGUGAAGAAGAAAACGCUUACCAAGGUCCCCACCCUGUGUCUGUAUUUCACCAGGGCAGGGGUAGGGAAAAGGGACCUGCCCCCAGAAGGGGACAGACACGCAAGAACUAUGCUGAAAAGGACAGUUCCCCUUCUGAUAGCACUGAUAGCGAAGACGAUGAUCAAAAUUGUUACGAAGGACGUAAAGACAUGUCCUUAAUACGUCGGGGGAGGGGUAGAGGAAAGGCACCUGGCCCCAGAAGGGGACAGAAACGCAAGAACUAUGCUGAAAAGGACAGUUCUGCUUCUGACAGCACUGAUAGCGACGGCGAUGAUCAAAAUUGUUACGAAGGACCUAAAGACGUGUCCUUAACUCUUCGGGGGAGGGGUAGGGGAAAGGGGAAGGGGAGAGGACUUGGGCGAGUAAGAGGAAGAUGA